AUGAGUCGACUCUAUAUAUUUUACAAACUGCUUUUGUUCACAGCGCUUCUGCAACUAACCGUUGUGUGCCCGUCCAUCCACACUGCGAAAGCCGAAGCGAGGGAGAGCAAGUCACUGGGUUCUUCAGACACCUGGGGGUGUGUACUCUGUACUGCCGUAGUUGCCACGGUCUCUCAACUGGGUCAGCUACAUCAAAUACCAGCCAAGGACGCUCUGGGCCUUUUUUGCAGCUUCUUCAGGUCUGCUGAAGCCGUCCUUUGUAAGACCGCUUCUCUCAUUCUGUUGGAAGGGGCAUUGCAGUUGAUUGAUGAGGGAAGGACACCUGAUAAAGUUUGCCAGAUAAUGAAGUACUGCGAUACUGAAGAGUGCAUUCUCUUCCCGCCUGACAAAAAUGACACCUUGCCUUUACAUAAGCUACGAAGUGCUUACCGCCUGGAUGGCAGGAAAUUGGUGGAUGCCUGCCGAACGUUCCCAACUCUUUGCCGGCCUUUGUUUGAAGAUUCCGCACAUGAUAAAGAUGGGGAUCGAUUCUCAACAUACCCAACGAAACGUGGAACGGAUUGGAGGGGGCGCGAUUGUGAUGACGACGAUGCACGGGUGUACCCAGGUCGGAACAGUACUGACUCCCAGAGGGAUGAGAAUUGCAACGGCAUCUACGGCGUGGAAGAAUCGAGCAAAAAAACUUAUGAGGAAUUGUGGUGCAGCAACUCAUCUCCCAUGGGCGUCAUUGCGGUCGGAGACAGCGCAACGGCCGACUUUGGUAUUCCCUUAGGAUAUGUUUCGAUACUUGAUCUUUCCUCAGAGGCGGUUGCUAAUAUAAUACCUGUACUUGACAAUGAGAUAGACUGGCCGAUGCUCUCCGGCUUAACUGGUUUCGCCAACUCUACAAGAUAUGAACCGGACGUCGAUGGGCCGAUGGCAUCGGUUUACAGUAAACUUGUGGAGCUGAAUCGAUGUAAUCACCGUGAUUAUCAAAAUCUGGGACAUAAUGGUGCUAGGAGUGGAAGUAUUCUUUCUAUUUUGGACUCAGUCGCCAGAAACCGUUCCGAGAGUGUGAAACCCGCUUAUGUCUUCUUUUCUAUGGUUGGGAACGAUGUGUGCCCUCGGCCGCAGGAUGCACCCACCCCACUUGAUUACUACCAUAGCCUUUCUGAGGCAGUGAAGAAAGCGGACUCCUUCUUACCACCCGGAAGCCAUGUUCUUAUAGUUUCUCUUGUGGAUGCACGCGCUGCAAUUGGCAGCAUCGUUAAUCGGAUCCAUCCCAUCGGCACCCUCAACAGCGACGUAACGUACGGUAAUCUGUAUGAUUACUUGAACUGUCUGCAGGUUUCGCCCUGCUGGGGGUGGCUUAACUCGAACGAAUCGGUGCGGAACGAGACGUGGGAGCGAGCCAGCGCAAUGAAUGCAAUGAUAUCACGCGUCGUGGAUGAAUCAACUGAUUUAGAAAACAUUAAAGUCCAUGCACUUGGCGACGUUAUUGGCGAAGUCGUUAGCAGUUUCGAAGGCCCCCUAUGGAAACUUGUUAACCCGGUUGAUGGUUUCCAUCCUUCUCAAAUCGCCACAGCGCUUAUGGGGGCUCGCGUAUUUGCGAAAAUGCAAGACCUCGGCAUCUUACCUACUGAGAACCCGUUCAAUGGCGACAUUCAGAGGCGAUUUGGGGACCAGGGGGGCUACUGA